GAGUGUUUAUGAUGGCUCACAGCGAGAUAUUCCACUGUGUCCCGCAGUGACCGCGGAUGAGGAGUGGAUGUGCGCGCGGCCCCUGAGGAUGGAGGUGGAGGUGGAGAGCUGCUGGCUGCUGCUGCUGCUGCUGCUCUGCUGCAUGGCGCUCCACAGCGAGGCCAUCGAGACGGUGAACGUGGUGGACUUCUGUGGUCAGAACAUCCGCGGUGACGGCAUGAUCGUCAACUCGCACCAGGAGUCCAAGAAGUACUACUUUGUUACCAUGGGGACGGACUGCCACCUCACCAUGCAGGCCAGCUCGCCCAAAGACAAGGUCCAGUUCCACUUCCGCUUCUUCCUGGUCUACAGUUUGCUACGAGUGGCCCCCCUGAGCCCGGCCCCUCUCUUUCCAGAGUCCCCUCGUGGCUCCGCCCCUGUCAACCCCAGACUGGAGCCCACCUCCGGGGAGAGUCUGGGGGACCCGUGUCACGCGGGCUCAUACGUUCAGUUCUACGAUGGACGUGAUAGGAGGUCGCCUCCUCUCGGGCCCCCUCUCUGUGGAAAGAGCCCCCCCCGGCCGGUGCUCUCCACAGGAAACUACCUGACCCUGAGGCUGGUGACCCGCGGGACUCAGCCCAGAGUGGACUUCGUGGGGGACUUCACCUCCUUCAGACUGG